CAGAGUUGACCACUUGAGCCGUCCUAGGGUUGAGUCUUCUCACUUCUGGCGAGAGAGAAGGUGAAGAGAGGGUUGUUUGACGCCAACCGAUCGAGCUGUCACAUUGGAUCAUUUUCUCCUUACAGUACUUAAAAUAACUUGACGAAACAACUCCAGGAUGGGAUGGCUGUGGAUCAUCACGGAACUUUUGGUCAUUGCUGUGACCUUUGCGGCUUUAGGAUUAGGGUUUGCUAUAAUCUUCGAGUCGUUCAGGAGAAGACACAACAAUGCUCAUGUUGAAUCUGGUAAUGCAGUAUUCGAAGAUCCAAAUUCUUUGAAGCAGGUUCCUUGUCCUAAUAUUUCUGAUCCUGCUGAGAAGUAUAUAUCUUUGAUAAUUCCUGCAUUCAAUGAAGAGCUUAGACUUCCUGGAGCGCUUGAUGAAACCAUGAAUUAUCUUCAACAACGUGCAGCCAAGGAUAAGUCAUUUUCUUAUGAGGUGGUGAUUGUCGAUGAUGGAAGUGCUGAUGGGACAAACAGAGUAGCUUUUGACUUUGUAAAAAAAUACACAAUAGACAAUGUUAGGGUUAUACUUCUUGGAAGAAAUUAUGGUAAAGGAGAAGCUAUAAGACAAGGGAUGCUUCAUUCACGUGGUGAACUACUUCUGAUGCUGGAUGCUGAUGGGGCAACCAAGGUUACUGACCUAGAAAAACUUGAAAAUCAGAUUCACGUAGUUGCCAUGAAAGAAAUUCAGUUUGGAGAUUCAGCAACUGGCGAUUCAAGUUUAAGAAUUUCUGAUAUUCCACUUGCUGCAUUUGGUUCUCGUGCUCAUCUUGAGGAGAAAGCUCUGGCUACAAGGAAGUGGUACCGCAAUUUUUUAAUGAAGGGUUUCCAUGUUGUGGUUCUCUUAACUGCUGGUCCUGGAAUUCGGGAUACACAGUGUGGUUUUAAGAUGUUUACUAGGGCGGCUGCCCGAAAGCUUUUCACAAACAUCCGCUUGAAAAGGUGGUGCUUUGAUGUUGAGUUAGUCUAUCUAUGCAAAUGGUUUGGUAUUCCAAUGAUUGAGAUAUCUGUAAAUUGGUCUGAGAUUCCUGGUUCUAAGGUGAAUCCAUUAAGCAUUCCCAACAUGCUUUGGGAGCUUGCACUCAUGUCUGCUGGAUAUAGGACUGGUAUGUGGAAAAUUUCUACCUGAGUAUUUAUAUUUUGAAGUUGAUCCAAGACGAGUAGUCAUCUUUUUUGCCGCCUCCAGUUUGAUGCAAUUUCACAGACAGAAGUGACACCUGAUUAGGCAAACCUUAGGGGACACAAAUCUUCUUUCACUUUUGCACGAACAAAGAUUACUAAUUUCGUGAAUUUUUAUGCAAGCCAUGAUCUGACCUGGUAGUUCAGUUUGUAAAAUUAUACAAAGGAAACUACUAUUUUUAUUGUCUUUGUUCCUUACAAUUGCUGAUUAGACUAUAGAGUCAGGGAUGUCCACACAAGAAAAAGUUAAAAUAAAUGCUGGGAAAUUGUUUAA